GAGCUAGUCCGAAACAUCGGCGCACAUUACUACCAGAUCAUCUAUCCCGUGCAGCUGCGACACCACGAGAAGAUGGGCAUCUCCACACGGGAGGUCAACACGCAAAAGGGCCGUGGGUACGGAUCGGACUAUCAACAGGGUACGCGGUCGCGCGCAAGGACCGGCAAACACUUCCACCGCACAUCGCUCCUCAUCAAAGCUUUCAAUCAUAAGUUUAGACUGGACUUAGAGCUUAAUACGCAAUUGCUUGCACCAAAUUUGAAACAAACCCAGUACUUAGCAAAUGGGGCUGAAAGCGAAGUAAGAACGGAAAUUGAGCACUGUUAUUACCACGGUACGGUGAAGGACUACCCGGGCGCGUCGGCAGCCUUCCACACGUGCAACGGUGUCUCCGGAGUCAUUCACAUCGGGAACGAGACGUUCGUCAUUCACCCGUUCUACGGCGGCGAUCUAUCGAAACACCCACAUGUGAUAUUCGAAGCGCGUACGAAGGCGAACAAGGGCUGUGCCAACAAGCUCGAGUUCAGACCGAAGAGCAGACGCACCAAGCAUGUGUCUUUCGUCGAACAACCCCUCGGUGAUGACCCUAGGAACUCCAGGGGUUCACGUAAGUCUCGGGAAGACCGGUCGUGGCGCUGGUGGCAGGAGGCCGGUCUCCCGUCUCUGAGCAGGCGACGAAGGGACGUGCGUGAGACUACGAAGUACAUCGAGACCGCGCUUGUCAUAGACAAGGCCAUGUUCGACAGGAGGAAUGGUAGCACACGUUCUGAAGUAGUUCAUGAUGCUAUACAAGUAGCCAAUAUUGCUGACUUGUACUUCCGAACACUGAACACACGGGUUUCACUGGUGUACAUCGAAUCGUGGCAGAGCGCAGACCAGGCGGACAUUGAGCGCAAGCAGGAUAUCACACGCGCUAUACAGAAGUUCAGCGACUACACCGCCAGGAAACUAUUUAAGAUCGAGAAGGAUACCACACAGUUACUCACAGGGUUGACGUUUCCCGGAGGCGAGUCAGGCAUCUCUGUGCCGGACACCAUGUGCACUCCGAAAUCAGUGGGCAUCUCCGUGGACACCAACACGUACGAGCCGCACCUCCUCGCCGGCACCAUGGCGCAUAUGAUCGGACACAAUAUAGGAAUGGGCCACGAUGAUGGUCGCGAACAAUGUUUCUGCCGAGACUGGCACGGCUGCAUCAUGGCGCAGUCCAUCGUUGGCCUCGAGAAUGUGCAGCCCUACAAGUUCUCAGACUGCUCCAAGAACGACUACAUCAACGAGCUGCGUAUCGGACAAGGAUUGUGUUUGCUCAACAAACCCAACGAACUGGUGGUACACCGUCAGUGCGGCAACGGGAGGCUGGACGAGGGCGAAGAAUGCGACUGCGGCACCAUCUCGGAAUGCCAUAACCUGAAUCCCUGCUGCGACCCCUUCACCUGCCGCCUCACUAAAGAGGCGCAGUGCGCGUCCGGCGAGUGCUGCGAGAGGUGCCAGCUCAAACAAAGAGGCAUCGUCUGCAGAGAAUCCUCUAACGAAUGUGACUUGGAAGAGACCUGCACAGGGCUAUCGGGAGCCUGUCCAGUCGACGCCCAUAGAAAGAAUGGGGAACCUUGCGAAGCCGGCAAGGGGUACUGCUUCGCCGGUCAAUGUCCUACACUCUCAUUACAGUGCGAACGGAUUUGGGGUCCCGGCACCAUCGGCGCGGACAAGGAAUGCUUCGAACAGUCCAACACUAAAGGCGCGGUGACCGGCCACUGCGGAAAAGAUAGCAAUGGACAUUACAUCAAAUGUGAUAUGGAGAACGUGAGAUGCGGAUCGCUGCAGUGCCAGCUCGGCAACCGGUAUCCCGUAGUGCCCGGUAUGGACGACUACUAUACCAGGACUGUCAUUACUAUCAAAGGCAACGAGUACGAAUGCAAGGCUACGACUGGUCUUCCCGAGCACUCGGAGAUCGGGCCGCUAGGGCUGGUGCGUGACGGUACACCGUGCGGCGACAACUUGGUCUGCGUCAACCAGACCUGCUCCUCUAUCUUCCCCUAUAUCGACCACACAAAGUGCCCUACCGACCAUAACAACCACGAGUGUUCUGCUAGAGGGGUGUGUUCUAACGCCAAUAAGUGUGUAUGCAACCGCGGCUGGACAGGGCCGGACUGCUCGCAGCCAGACGCGCUGCCGCCCUCGCCCGCGCCCUACGUCCCCGAGAACACCACCAAGACCGCCUAUAACAUGACUAAGAAAGAGACGCCAUAUGAGAACUACCACGGCUCGAACACGGUAUUCCUCGUGGCGGUGCUCAUGUCUGUGGUAGGGGGGGUAUUCAUAGUAUUUGCCCUGAGCGCUCUCUGCUACAGGUCAGUCGUAGUACACAAAAACUUCUCCCUGUGCCUAAGGAGAAAGAGCACGUUGCCGAAAUACGAUCCACCGUAUGUCAAGAAACCUAACCUCGGCAAGAGCUUCCCCGCUGGCUCCACCACGUCCAACAACUCGCAAGAGGACAUUUCUCUCGAUGGCGGCAAAAUGCACUCCUUUAACAACACAUUCAGAAAUCUUCUAAGCCGCGGUGAUUCUCAGCGCGUGAUCUUCAAACAUGGAAACCACAUGUCAGGCGCAGGCAGUACUAGUAGAUAUCCAGAUCACAAACAAAUGAAACGAGUUCAUUCCGGCAGUGAAGACGAGCCCACGCAUUCAGGUGAAGAAGACAUAGCAUUCAUAGACGUAGCACCGAACUCUAUGGCCAAGCUUCCAGAGAAAGGAAUACUCAAGAAGCACGGCUAUGGCGCUGUGGAUGGCAAGGACAAGUGGGGUGACGACUCCCAGUCGGAACAGCUAGAAGCAGGCUCGCAGUCUGAUGGACAAGAACCUUCGGGAGCUGUUGCGGACAUGGAGUAUAAGUUUAAAGACUUAAACGGUUACCACGAGAAUAUAAUCGUGGCCCUGAAGACCGCGGCCGCCCAGCGUGCCAGCGGGCAGGUGGCGGUGGGCUCCGGCGACCUGCGCGCACUGCAGGAAUACGAGUACAAGCGGGAGCGUGCGCCCAGCGCCGAGAAGAUCCACGAGGCGGAGCUGCGUCGACAGCGAGCCGGCGACGAGGAAGAAGACGAAGCGCCCCAGUGCGGGCCCAUCAGGAUCAGGAAUCUGGAGGACCUGAUCCGGCAGCUGGAGCACCACUCCAGCCGGCACAUGAGCCCCUCCGGUUCCGAGGACAUACGAAUGUCGGAGACGGAGGCGGACAGACAUUACAGGAUCGAGCCGGGGGAGGUGCCCGCACGUUGCCGAGGUCGCGUCGGUGAAGAGGAGUCGCGGUUUGCGUACCCCCGCUUCCGCGGUAGUGCGCGUCAUCACCCAGGCAUGUACGCGGGCGGGCCGUCGACGGCCGUGAUGCACGGGGCACACGUGGUACACCCGGGGCACGGGGCGCAUCCGGGGCACGCGGGGCAUUCGCGCGUGCCCCCCGACGACGACGCGCUCUACGAGACGGCGGACACGGAGCGACUGCGCGACGCCCCGGACAGUGAGAGUGAUGAAUUUAUUCAAGCUCAACAACAGUUAGCCCGGUGGGCGAGUGAAGACGCGGUGCCGGCGGCGGUGCGCGAAUACUACCCCUCGCCGGCGGGCAGCGAGAGCUCCGACGCGCGGCACGGGCCCAACGCGGCCCACGCGGUCCACGCGCCCGCCGCCUUCCCCGAGUACAACCACUGACCCCCCGCGCCGGCCACACGUAGCCCGUUAGCAUCGCACCUAGAGCGCGACGCAGCGUCGCCUCUCGAUACGUAUUUCGGUGAACUGUAAAUAUUAUGCACAUAUAUAAACGAUAUGACUGAAAACUAUAAUAUUGAUGAAGCUAGUGUAGCCGCGAGGCGAGCCCGCGCCGCCCGAGCCCGCGCCUCCUUACAAUGUUUAUAUUCGUUCCAUAAAUCGAUACGCUUUACUCUUAUUAUAUGUUCUGCGGGUCCGUGCGGCGCCGGCGCGGCCUGCAUCUCUAAAGUAGCUUUAAGGAAUUCAUCAUUGUACGGACGUAGCGUAAGUGUUGUGCGGUGCGACGCGCCCGAGCUCGCGCCCCGCCGCGCCCACCGCUCGGGUGGCUUCCCAUUUAGAUAGGCGAUUAACAAAUUGAGCUAAAUGUAACCCUAAGCGAAGCUUUAAUGUCUCAGUUUGGUGAGCACCGCGACGAGCUCGGCCGCGUCACUGAACUGUGCGAGUGUUACAUUAAGGUCCAAGUUUCUGGACGAUCGCUGUAGCGAAGGCGACGCGGUGAGCGGGCGCAGAGGGCGCGCGCGACGCAUCCGUCCUGGAGUCACAGACCGCGCGCCCCCCGCCCCGUACGCGACGUCCCGCGCCUCGCUUAGGGUGCUCGCACACUGAGCUCAAUGUGUAACAUGAAGUUGUAAACCACAAACGUUCUAAACACUUUUGUUGAAUGUCGUUAUAUUUU